CACAGGAAGCUUUGCAUAAAAAGCAAGUGAAUAACGCCCAAAGACAUUUCAUUUGCCGCCAGACGACUCGCAGGGAGCACCUCGAAUCAGACGCGAGGUUUUUCAACUUGAGACCCCCAAACUCAAGCUUUAUAAAGAAACUGGCACCAUGGAGAAGCCCUCUAAUCAACCAGCCCGGCGGCUCGUGCCCAUGGCCGCUGCUCAGCCUGCGCGCGCGCACGCACCUGACGAACCAAUACUACGAGGGUAGCUGGGGUCAUCCUCCUGAAGGAGAACACACACAUCCAACGUGAGGAGACUUUGGCUAUUAUCCACAGUCCCCCUACCCCUCCCCCUUCAUCCUCUUCUCCUCUUCCCUCCGACUGGCACAGAGAAGAGUGUGAGAGACCCAGUAAGGGAACGUGGGAAAGAAGAAGACGAUGUACCAAAUGCUGCUCCUUUCCUCCUCCCUCUUCAUCCUUCAUGUGAUGGGCACUCCCCAGUUUUUUGCUCACCAUGGGAGGAGGGUGUGUGGCCGGAAACCCCAUCACAAUGUUGUUAUGGCAACGGAGUCAUAUGUCCAACCGGUGCACAAGCCUUACAUCACCCUGUGUCAGGGCCAUCGCGUCUGCAGCACCUACAAGACGACGUAUUCGCUGGGUUACCGGCAGGUGAGCAGAGCAGUACUGCCUUCGCAGUUGUACCCAGAGUGCUGCCCAGGAUGGAAACGAUUUCACUCUUAUAACUGCAAUCAAGCUGUAUGUGGACAACCAUGUGUAAACGGUGGUACUUGCUUAAGACCCAACCAAUGUGCUUGUCCUCCUGGCUGGACGGGACACCAAUGCCAAACUGACGUUGAUGAGUGCAGCGGGCGGCAGCCUUGCGCCCAACAGUGCGUGAACACAGCUGGCAGCUAUCGAUGUGUGUGCAGGGAUGGCUUCAGGCUUGGUGGAGAUGGACGGUCUUGUCAAAGCCUUCCUCUACCUCCAUCUCCUCCUCCUUCUCCUUAUCCUUCCCAGAACAGCCAAGCAACAGUGGGUGGCCACAGUGAUGCAGGUGGAAGGUUGGGCUUGGUGGAGAAUAUGACAGAGGAGGUACAGAGCCUGAGGAACAGAGUAGAGCUCCUGGAAAAGAAAUUACAGUUGGUGCUGGCGCCCUUCAGCAGCUUCUUCCUGCCGUCGCUGGACGAGGGCUUCUCAGAGAAAACCACCUUACUCUCUCACUCCUUCCAGCAACUAGACCGCAUCGACUCUCUCAGCGAGCAGAUUGGCUUCCUCGAGGAGCGCCUCGGCACAUGUUCAUGCCAGGAGAAUUAGCCGCUGAGCACGACAGUUGUCCUUUAAAUGAGAGAGACUGCGCACGAUGGCAACUUCAGUCGUUGUUAUGCUGUGACGCAACCAUCUUGCAAAUCUUUUGUGGUUUUCACCACUCUCAACAGGUCCUUUUGUUAAUGCUUAUUUUCUUUUCUGAAUCACUGAUACAUUCUUGAUUUUACAGCAGUACCUGCAGCAGGGCUGGUUUCACCAUUACAUCAUUGCUGCAGCAUGUGGUCAAAGGUUAAAGUAGCCAUUUAGUUUGUUUUUUGUUUUGCAUCAGUGCAGCUGUGUCCUCCAUCAGAACUCCAAACUGUGCAGGGGCUGAUACGGGCAUCUGUAUUUAUCUAUUUAAAUUAUGAUUAUGAUUUCUUAGUUAUUUCUUAGUGCUCCAGUGAGCAUUUUAACUAGUUUUUGUAACAUUUUUGUAAUAAAAGUCUUAAUCAAAAACACCUUGUGUGCU